GGCGGCUGCAUGGCACAGCUGUGCGCCUCGCUGGCCCUGGGAUCUUCUGAGUGCGUCCUGCUGGCGGUGAUGGCGCUGGACCGCGCGGCCGCCGUGUGCCGCCCGCUGCGCUACGCAGGGCUCGCCUCUCCUCGCCUCUGCCGCGCGCUGGCCAGCACCUCCUGGCUGGGCGGUCUCAGCAACUCCGCCGCCCAAACCACGCUCUUGGCCGCGCGGCCGCUCUGCCCGCCCCUCCAGCUGGACCACUUCAUCUGCGAGCUCCCCGCGCUGCUCAAGCUGGCCUGCAGCGGCGGCAGAAACACCAUAGAGCGCCAGAUGUUUGCCGCUCGCGUGGUUAUACUGCUGGUGCCAUCCACCGUCAUCCUGGCCUCCUAUGGCGCUGUGGGCCACGCCAUAUGGAGCAUGCGGUCCAGCGGAGGCCGGAGGAAAGCUGUGGGCACGUGUGGCUCCCAYCUGACAGCCGUCUGUCUGUUCUAUGGUUCUGCUAUCUAUACCUACCUGCAGCCCACGCACAGCUACAACCAGGGGCCCGGCAAAUUCGUGUUGCUCUUCUACACUGUGGUCACCCCUGCCCUCAACCCACUCAUCUACACUCUCCGGAAUAAGGAAGUGAAGGAGGCAGCCAAGAGGCUCCUGGGGAGUCUGGGGAGAACUCAAGCCAGGCACUAA